GAAAACUUUUUAUGUUAAAAAUUGACAAAUACGUCCAUAUUUGCAGUAGCCUCCAUAUCUAUCUCAGUCUCAGAGCUCAGUCUCUCUCGCAGAGAGACCCAUAAAUACCCAGAAAUUCAUAAAAAUACCCAGAAGAUUGGGUGGUAAUGAUCAUAAAAGGAGUGUUCAGGAGGUACGAAAGAUGGAACCCAGUGCAUCCAACGAGUGGAGCGUUUUGGGGAUUGGGUGUAGGCAUUGGUUGUGGGGUUGGAUGGGGUCCUGGUUUCGGGCCUGAGGUAAUUGGUUAUGUCGGAGCUGGCUGCGGUCUUGGCUUCUCCGUCGGUUUCACUCUGCUCGGUGCCGGAAUCGGUCUCCCUGCCAAUUGGCUCUUUCACCUUCCGUAUAGUGCUGUUAUGGCAGCAAGAAGUAGUGCACUGGAGAUUGGCCAAUCUAGUGGCUUUCCUUUCCCCAAAAGCAUUGCAGGGGAGGGCUGGAACAGCAUUGCACCUUGCAUCACAAACCUGCAAAGGGAAGCCGGUGGAAGAUUCUCUAGCUUUAAGGACCAGCAUCUCUUGGCCUUGGAGAAAGGGGUAGAUUUAUCUGACUUGAAGAGCCGCCUAAGCGUCGGUACUAGGUCUCUUUCCCAAGGUGUAGAAGCAUUUCGCGGACGCUUCUUCCACUUUCCCAAAGGUACAAAAGAUUAACAGCGUGGAGAGUUGGAUUGUCUGGUGGAUAUACUAUAAGGAUUUUAAGCAUUCUUACACUGAAUCGUCUCUUUUUAUUAUCAUCCUUGAUGUAAAUGAGAAACCUGGGAGGAAGGUUCCAUUUAAGGAUACUUUGGUUGCAGCCUUUAGAGGAGCAGCGCUUCUAUAGUACUGAGAAAACCUUUGUUUCAGUAGUUGUGCAGAAGACCUUGUUUUAUUACUUGUGCAAAUUCCUGAACCAGGUAAUCUACCUCCAAUAGUUUCCAACA